AUGACGUACCCCUUCGCUCGUGAGGAGCGAUUAGGGUUCCUCCGCCUCCCGUCGACGGCCGCCUCCGAUCUGGCUGCCUUUGUGGCCUUCAGGGGCGGCGCUCAGGUGGUGGUGGCGGCGCCUCAUGCAAUAAUGUUUCCCUGGCUUCAACGCCAUCUCGACGGCGACGGCAAGAAGCUUGUGGGUGUGGUGUGGUCUUCGAGGAUUUCGUCUGGCUGUGGGGAUCUUCGGAUCGUCAAGGAGCUUCAUCGGCAGUUCAUCCUACUUCUUCGUCUCUGGAACGGAUGUGGUCUUUUCGACCCGUUCGGCGACUUCAAGUCCUCAACCAACAACGUCAGGCCAGUUCAGAAAGGAGCGGCAGCGACGGCGCGUCGGCGACAUGGUCUAGAGGUUGAAGAUGAAGAGCUUCUUAAGGAUCUUGUUACCGCCACCGCCGCCAAUGGCAACGGCAGCCACGCCGCGCCGGAGCCGGCGACGGAGCAGAAGCGGGACUCGUCGCCGGAGCCCGACCGGAAGGCGGAGCAGCUCAAGACGCUCAACUCCAUGCUCCUCAAGGAGGCGGUGGAGCGGCGCGGCCAGGUGGCGGCGCUCACGGCGCGCCUCGAGGAGAUCUCCGCCGACGGCGACGCGCUCGGCGCCGCCGAGCGUGCCGUCGCGCGGGCCGCCCUCGCCGCGCCCCUCCGCGCCGCCGCCGACGAGGCCGCCGCGCUCCGCGCGCGCCUCGCCGCCCUCCAGGGCUCCCUCCGGCUCGCGGAGUCCAGCGCCGCGCUCGAGGCCGGCGCCAAGGACGAGGCCCGCGCGCGCCUCGAGGUGGCCGCCGCGGAGAAGGCCCGGUUCCUGAAGCUCCUCCAGGUGAAGGAGGCGGAGGUGGCCUCCAUAUCCAACAAGGUCUCCAGCCUGGCGGCCGUGAUGGCGGAGCUGGAGGCCAACAACUCCGUGCUGCUCGGCCAGAACGGCGAGCUCGGGAAGGAAUUGGAGGAAGCCAAGGAGGCUGUUCGGGUGGUCUUGGGCCAGAAGGCAGAGGUGGAGAGGAGCUUCCAGGAAUUCAAGGAACAGAUGGAGGCGUACCGGGUGGAAAUGGAGGGGAAGUUGAGGGCCAAGGUGGAAGAACUGAAGGUGCUGGGGUCCAAGAAGGCGGAGAUGGAUGCGAGGGUGGCGUCUUUGGAAACAGAGCUAGCCCUGUCUGUCACUAAGGCAGAGGGUUUAGAGGCUGAAGUGGUGGCGAAGAAGAAGGAGCUUGAUCUGUUGAAGGGCAAAAGCGAUAAGCUCCAAUCAGAGGUUGCAGCGGCAGAGAAGAAACACAGCAUCUCUGCAGCAGAGGUUGAGAGGCUCAAGGUGGAACUGAGUGUGUUGGUGAAGGCAAAGGAGGUUGCGUCCAAGGCAUUCGACGCCGAAAAGACUGAAAUCACCAAGGAAUUGGAGAGCCUCAAGAGGAAGGUGGAGGAAACCCACGCUGACAAGGAAGCUGCUGAGGGAGCAACACGUGAGAAGGAUGCUCAAGCGAUUAAGCUGAGGGCUGAGCUGGAGGAGCUUCAUGUUUCCAUGUCACAGCUCCAAGCAUCCUGUCAUGAACUUGAUACCAAGCAUUCACGCCUGCAAAGCGAGAAGAAUUCAGUUCAGAAAGCGCUGGCUGCUGAGAAGGCUGAAGCAGGGAAGCUGAUGUCCAAAAUUCAGACAUUGGAGAACUCCAAUGGUAAAAGGGACAGUGAGAUUGGGGAGCUGAGGGUUGCAUUGGAGGAAAAGAAUGGCAAGAUCAAAGACCUUACCAGUGAGGCUGAGCUGCUGCAGCUCGCAGUGGCUGAAGCCCAGAAGAGGAACAAGGGUGGCAUCUGGGCAUGGGUGUAUGCCGCCACUACGACCAUGGUGGCCGCAAUCUCCUUGAUCUAUGCCACCAGGGCCCAGUGAAGGACUGCGCUUUUCUUUUUUCUAUGUUUCCAUCCUCUUUAUAUGCUUAUCAGUAUGCUACUCGAAAUGCUCAGGUUGCUAUCUAGCUGUAUCGCUAUGUGAUGAAUCAGCUGGUACUAUGCAAUGAAGUCAAUUUUUUUGCUUGCAUUUCAGUAUAUGUCUUUUCUUGCUGUU